AUGUUACCGAAUGCUGCUGCGGGUUACAUUCCAAUCCCUGAUCCCUAUUCUCACAUUUGGCAAGUUAGCGAGGCGCGUUAUGUAGUGUUGCGCCUCACAGAUCAGUUAAGAACUGAUCUGGAUCUGCAGGAAUGCAGUGCGUUUGUUCGGCUCAAAGGAGAGUGCAUUUCGAGUCCAAUUUCAGAUGUGAUUAUAUCAACAGGAGGAACAGGAUUCUCUGCUCGUGAUGUUACGCCUGAGGCAACGCUGAAUGUCAUUAAAAAACGUUGCGGUGGAAUGGAAGUAGCCUUGCAUAUGCGAUCACUGGCUGCCACAUCUCUAGCUGCUUUAUCGCGGCUUUGCGUCGGUAUCCGAGAUUCCACACUGAUCAUCAAUUUACCUGGGAACCCAAAAGCAGUGAAAGAAUGCUUUGAAGUUCUGGAAGAAACAUUGCCACACGCGAUGGAUAUUCUGAGUGAUAAAAAGGAUAGCAUCAAAGAUUGCCACUUCAGCUUGACGACUGAUGAAAAGCUCAACGAUGGUGACUCAGGCCGACGCCAUUCGUAA